AUGACGUCAGAUUCAGACUUAAUUGAACGAAAAGCUAUCGAUGUUGGUGGUCGACUAGGCUCAUUAUAUGAUGUUUCAACUGAUAAUUUAAUCAAUGCCUAUUCUAUUCAAUCGUCUAAAACUCAAUCAUUAAAACUUUCUGAAUGUGCUGUAUUCGCUGGUGAUGAGUCUCUUGACAUGAUUGAUUAUUUGAAAAAGAUGGACUUCGAUAAUGCUCUUCAACUUAGUAUUCUUUUUGGAAUGGUUAAAACAUCAGGAGUCAGUUCUCUAAUCACUUGCAAACAAACUAUCGAUAAAAAUACUCGUUUUCUUUAUUAUUCCUACAAAAGUAAAGAAGAAAUAUUAAAUAUUGAGCGAGGAAAAUUACAUCGACUUAUUUCAACACCAUCCGUUUCAACUAAUGCUACACAUAUGAUCACACAUAUUAUAUGGGGUUUUGAAAUUUUAUGUGUCAUACCAAUUCCAGAGCAUUUAUCUUCCGAUACGGUCGAUCGAUUAUUAUCGAAUAUUUCUAAAUGGUUGAAAAAUGAUGCACAAGAUUCAACUUUGACUAAUAGGGAUAAACAACAUAUUGAAGAGUUAAUCAAUAUUAAUAUAUAUGGUUCUGAAACGUGCAUUGGUAAUGAUGUAAAGAUGCCAUUCUCGACUAUUCUCACUACAAUACAACAAUGGCAGAAACAUGAAAAUUUUCAUCAUCCACUUAAGUAUAGGAUGCAUUCUUUAAGAUACCUUUAUAAUAGCAAAGAUUUUCCAGAACUGUCUUAUCGAUUUGAUGAGAUUAAUAAUGAUAUUAAAAAAAUGAGUUCAAUAUUCAUAUAUUUAGAUAGUUUUGAGAAAUACUAUGAGCAAUCGUUAGAAAACCUUCCUGAGAAAUUCCUAAAUCCAACGUUAGAGGAGGCAUUGAAAGAUAUUCAGCAGCAUCUACAUCUGUGGUCUAGCACAUAUAAAAAGUUACGAGAAAAAUUUCAAGAACUACUUAAGAACAUACGACGAGGCCAUAAUCACUCAGUGGUAAUCGCUAAUGUAUUAUCAGAUAAAGAAUAUGUAUCAUUAAGCAAGGACGAAAUUGAGAAGUUUAAUGCCGAACUUCAACAAUUAACAAAAAAAGCAGCUUUAAUUAAACAAUCAAAUGAUGAUGAUAUUCAAUAUAUCAAUAUAUUAGAUCUUCGUUAUCAUAAUAAAGUAUCAACAAACUUGAAGGAUAUUGAAAAAAUACUUCGUCGUCAUUUCUUGAAUAAAAAUAAUGACGUAAUUUUUUUCUAUUCAAAUGAUCGAUUGAAAGAUAUCGACCCAAAAUUAUGGAAACAAAUAUAUCAACAAUUUAUUUCAAAGAGACAACAAGCAACACAAAAAACUAUCUCAGUUUAUGUAGAUUUUACGGAAUGUCAAUAUGAUUUAGAAGAUUUUAUAACAAUAACAAUACCAAUGGAUUCAUCUUCACAAGCUCCACAUAAUAAUUCUUCAGAUAUAGACAAAUCGAUAUCACCACCAUCAACACCUGAAAUUAAUGUAUUGCUUUUGGGUGAAACAGGAGUUGGAAAAUCAACAUUUAUUAAUGCAUUUGUUAAUUAUCUCAUCUUUGAUACUCUUGAACAGGCUGAACAAAGUGAACCUAUUGUUCUCAUUCCAGUCUCAUUUGUUACCACAGUUGGUGAUCAAUUUGAUGAAGUAACUAUCAAAUUUGGUGAUAUUGAUGCAAAUGAAAAUUAUGAACAACAAGGACAAUCAGUUACACAACAAUGUAAAUCGUAUUUAUUUCAAUUAAAUGAUAAAAUCCAUUUACGUUUUAUUGAUACACCCGGUAUGGGUGAUACUCGCGGUAUUGAACAAGAUGACAAAAAUAUUGAUCAUAUUUUAACAUAUGUAAAUAGUUUAUCACAUUUGAAUGCUAUCUGUUUAUUACUUAAACCAAAUACAUCUCGUUUAAAUAUCUUUUUUCGUUCAUGUAUUCAUCAACUAUUAACAUAUUUAACACCUAUUGGAUAUAAUAAUAUCAUCUUUUGUUUUACAAAUGCAAGAUCAACAUUUUUUGCUCCUGGAAAUACUAGCUCAUUACUUCGUAAAAUGCUUAAACAAGAAAAUGUUAAUGAUGUUCCAUUUCAAAAACAAAAUACAUUUUGUUUUGAUAGUGAAUCAUUUCGAUACUUAGCGGCUAGAAAAUGUGCAGUUACUUUCGAUGAAUUUCAAACACAAGAAUGUAUUAAAAGUUGGUCGGCAUCGGUAGUUGAAUCCAAACGCUUACUUACUUUUAUUCAAACACGAGAAUUAUAUCUUCUACAUCGCUGGCAAUCACCAAGAAAAUGUGCUUUAGAAAUUUUGAUGAUUGCUCGUCCUUUGAUGGAAACAUUACAUUUGAUAUUGUACAAUUGGAAGUUACGUGAAGCAGCAAUAGUUACUGAACAAAUGGUACUAAAGUCAAAGGCUGAUACUAAUGAAAAAUGUACGAAUUGUGCAAAAUCUAGAGUUGUGCAAGUGGGUUUAUUUCGGAUAGUUUAUUAUGAACCUCUCAACGACGGUACUAAUGAGCGAUGUCUUUGUCUUGUUGGCAGAAAACACUUUUUAAUUGAAUACACCGUACAAUAUGUAUCUGUUGCUGAAAAGAUCAAAGAUUCGACCGAUGAUUUAAAGAAUAGAUUUUAUGAUCUUCUAUAUAGUUGUGAUAGGCUUAGUCACUUUUUACAACAAAAAGGACUAUCAAAUUUCAUUGAUCCAUUUGCUUGUAUACUUGAACGAUUUUUGGAAGAAGAACGACAGAUUUUGAAUGCUGGUCAUAGAAAAUCAAAUCUGAAUAAAGAAGUCAAUAAAAUGCUACGUGAAAUACCAUUAAUACGUCAAAAGAAUAAUAAGAAACUGAUUGAUUCAAAUGAACAACUUCCAUUGAACCAAAUCGAUCAGUUAAUACAUGAACUGGAAUCGAUGCCAGAUGUUCGUCAACAAAUCGAAUGUAUUAAAACUAGUCGUCAAUCAAAAAUGAAAACACACGAAUCUAUAGUAAAAAUAUCUUCGCUUAAAAACAAACUACUGACAGAAUUCACCAAUACCGCACUAUAA